AUGAUCUCUAUAAAUAUUGAAUCAUACUUAGAAAAUGAAAUAUUAGUAAUAACGAAUGACAGUAGAAUUUUUACUGGAAAAUUAAAAGGAUUUGAUCAAACAACAAAUAUAAUACUUAGUAAUUGUUUUGAAAGAAUAUAUAAAGACUCAUUAGAAAAAAUUAGUCUAGGUUUAUAUAUAAUUAGAGGAGAUACAGUAACUUUAAUUGGAGAGAUUGACGAAGAUGUAGAUAAAAAUAUUUUACACGAUAAAAUUAAGCCUGAAAUUUUAAAGCCAAUUGUGCACUAG